AAUGUUGAUAGCAUUUGUGUUUGCUAAUAUCAAUUUUUUAAAAAAUUGUCAAAAUUAUCCGAGUAUCGUAUUAUUUUAAUUCUGUCAUGUUGCGAUUUUAGUAACGAAUAAAUUUGAAGGCUUACCUGCUAUAGAAUUUAUAUUUACACGCCAUGUUUUUCGACGAUGAAGAAAACAGCCUUGCCCAGCGAGAAAUAUUGCAAGCCUUUAGUCAAGAAAUCCUUGCUCUCGGUUCAAAUUUUGAUGUAUCAUUUGGUAUAAGGAAUAUACCAACGCAUACAGAAGAUGGAAUACCUAUCAGAAAGCUUUAUGUAUCCAAUUUACCUCCAAAAACCACGCGAACGGAACUUUUCGGUGUUUUUGCUCAAUAUGGAUUUAUCAAGAGCUGCUGGCUACGAAUGGGGGAUAAAGGACCAAACAGAACUCCGACACCUACAUAUGCAUUUGUAACAUUUAUUAAUCCUGAUGAUGCACACAAGGCUUUGCAAGCUCCUUAUCAUGAAAAACAACUCCGAGGACGCAAUUUACGGAUUUCACCAGCUGAUAGUUGGCACCAACCAGCUGAAGAUGCUGAUGGCAGAGUAUGCUGGAAGCCAAAUAGUCAGCGACAAGAAGAAAAUAAUGCGUCACCUAGCGGCAAUGAUGGUGAACAACACAAUGAUGUACCUAUACAAGACUCACCUAGUAACACAGAAAAGGAUACAGAUGAUUCAAACACACUAGCAAAUGAGCAACAACAGGGCUUCUCUGAAGCUGAUUCAGGCUUCAACAUAUUGGAUAUACUUAACAGAGAUUGCAUGCAUCAUGUGCUCAGUUAUGUACCUAUAAGAGACCUUAUCCGUUCAGAAAGAGUUAGCAAGAGAUGGCAAGAUCUGAUCCAAGAAUUUCUUCUCGGUAUGUUUUUUUUUAACUUUAUAAAAGUAGGCUUUUAAAUUCUAAGUCAUUUUCAUUUAUAGGUAUCGUAAGACUCCGAUAUGUGAAAUAUCAGGAUAAUAAUGUGGGAGCAUAAAUGGUAGAUGUGAAAUUUUCUACUAUUAUUAAGUGUAAAGUGGUGAAACAGUGAUGGAAAGUAUCAUCAUAAAUGCAUGAUGUCUGGUACUUUAGCCGCCGAUCUGGUUGCUAAUGAGAGCUUCCACGAUUUUUUCUGCCACCAGGGCGGCACCACUUAGGAAUGAGUGUAGAGUGUAGUGAUUAAUGUUUCAUUCUGAAAUAUUAUUUAUAUUUUAUAUUAGCAGGUAUGGUAGACAGGAUAAGGAUAUAGAACGACGAGUGAAUGCAGGAAAUAGAGUGAAUGGGGCUCUACACCCUAUUGUGAAAAGUCAGAAUGUGUCCAAAAAGGCACGCAUGGCAAUUCAAAAUGCUGUGUUAGUCCCUACUUUAAUGUGUGGUUGUGAAAGUUGGGUGUGGCAGAAGAAGCACGAGAGUAAAAUAAAUGCUGUAGAAAUGCGGUCAUUAAGGAGUAUGUUAGGGAUGAAUCUGAAUGACAGAGUGAGAAAUUGUGUUAUAAGAGAAGAGUGUGGUUUGCAAGAUGAUGUUGUGACCAGGAUUAAAAAAGGAAUGCUUCGGUGGUUUGGUCAUGUAGAAAGAAUGAAUGAGGAAAGAGUGACAAAGCAAAUUUAUGUUGCAUAGGUGAACGGCAAGGUCAGGAAGGGAUGCCCUAGGCGAAAGUUUAUCGACCAAAUUGGCGAUAUAUUGAAAAUGGGCCAAAUCAAGAGUACCUCUAACCGACGAGCGUGUAUGCGUAGGUAUAUGGAUGUGGAGGAAGCGAGAGAGGUGUGUCAGGAUUGUGUCAAAUGAAAGUCCAUACUCUCUGCCUACCCCUUUGGGUGACAGGCGUGAGUGUUUAUAUAUUUUAUAUAUAUUUAUAUUAAUUAGAUUAGAAAUAGUUUCACAAAACUACAGCUAUUUAUAAAAAAGUAGAAUUAAGAAAAAAAUGUGUAAAUAAUUAAAACAUACAGCACAUGGAUUCAUCAUGAAACGAAAAAAAAAAAACGAGAAUCAGUGUUGCCGUGUAGUGGUGGUUAAGAAUAUCCACUACUCCAUAUCUUCCCGUGGGUGUCGUAAUAGGCGACAGUGGGAAACAGACAGGAGAUGGGCAGCAGCAUCUUCCUGAUAACAGCAAAGCAACAAUAAAAAAACUGUGGUUGCCGACCCGCUCGUCAAGCGUAGCAACUAUGGCAAAUAUCCCCCCAUGAUGAAAGUUACGAAAAGACGGGUCCCAGUCCACGGCGGCCCCGCUAUUCUUAGCUACGGCGUCGACCAUGGUAACGGCAGGGCAGUGGAUGCUAAGAAUCUCCGGUGGAGGUUCGGAUGCCACCUAAGACGUCUCGACCUGGCAACAUACAACGCACGCACCCUGAGGACUGACGAGAAGAUUCUGGAGCUGAAAGAAGGGAUAGACAAGUUACGCUGGCGUAUUAUAGGAUUAUCAGGAAUUUACUAUUUGUUGCAAGUGUACUUAAAAUCGGCGACGAGGUUCGCCACCCGUCACGUCCUGUCUCCCGGGGGGGCGAAAAGUGGAUUGCGGAGGCCCGUCUGGCCACGUUGAAUGUAUGUGGAGCAAUGAAUGAUAAGAUGGAUGAAGUAUGCGAAAUGAUGAAUGAUAGAGGAAUAGAUGUGUUAUGUGUAAACGAGACGAAACGAAAGGGAAGAGAUGUCACUGCACAUGGCAUGUAUACCGCUUACUGGUCUGGAGUAGACGAGACCGAGCGGGCAUGCCAAGGAGUCGGUGUCAUCCUUUCAGAAAGAAUGGGUCAAUGUGUGAAAGAGUAUGAAUGUGUUAGCCCAAGGCUGCUGUGGAUGCGAAUGAAAGUGGGCUUAAAGAAGUUGUUUGUGCUAGGGGUGUACGCCCCAGAUAUGUCUAAGCCCACUUAUAUCCGAGAGCAGUUUUGGGACAUGGUAAGGCUGGUGUUGAUUAAAUGUAAGAAAAAUGAAAAUAUUAUUAUGUUAGGAGAUUUUAAUGGAAGGGUUGGGGUGAAGAGGUCUGGUUAUGAAAGGAUAUUAGGAACGUUUGGCGAUGAAAGAAUAAAUGAGAAUGGUGAAGACCUCCUCACCGUAUGUGUGGAAAAGAAUCUUUUUGUGGCGAACACUUUCUUUCGCCAUAAGAGGAUUCACAUGUAUACAUGGGAAAGAGGGGAUGAUAGAAGCAUGAUAGAUUUUAUAAUUGUGGAUGAAAGAAUGAGGAGCGCAGUGGUAGAUACAAGGGUUUACCGGGGGUCCAACGUAGGGACGGAUCAUUACUUGGUCUUAUGUCGAAUUAAUGGUCUAUUCAGACGUUGGCGGCAUCGGACAUCGGUGUCUACCACUGCGUUACAGCGUAUAAGAAUAGAGAGGUUACAAGAUGAAGGUGUGAAAGAGAAGUAUAAAUGCAGAUUGAGGGAAAAUAUAAGUGGGUUGAAUGAAUUAUGUAUGAAUGAUUUAGAAUUGAAGGAUGUAUGGAAUAAUAUUAAGAAAGUUUUGGUGGAUGCAGCCACCGAAGUAUGCGGUGUAAGUAAGAGAACGAAUGAAAGGAAAAGUAAUACAUUGUGGUGGGAUGAUGAGGUACGGAUGGAAGUUGAAGCAAAGAAGAGAGCAUGGCUAGAUUUACUAGCAACUAAAGCUGGUAAUUCUGGCGGUAUGAAUGAUGAG